AUGUUACAUUUACCACCACAUAACUUACUAUUACAAAAAACUUUAUGCGAGGCAGUCAAUGCUUUAAAGAUUGAUAAUAAACCAAUUACUUUGGAUCGUAUAGUUAGUGAUUUUGAUUAUACAACCUUUCAUGUUUCAACACCAGCUCCAGAGUCACCCAAUCUUUUGACUCUAUCCAUUAGAACCAAAUGCUAUCAAUCUAUUAGUAAAUUAGGUGAUUUAAAUGCUUAUUUAACUUCUAAAUAUACUUCAGUAGAAGGUGUUAGUCCACAAACGGCAGAACCUGGAUAUGAUUACUCUUUGUCAAUUGAUUUACAAUCUGGGUUUAAUGAUAAUAGUAUAGUGGAAUUAUCUUUAUUGAAGAUCUAUGUUAUGAGCUUUCCAUUUCAAUUGAGUAUAAAUGAGUUUUUAAAAUUGAACCAACAAGGCGAAGAUGCCACCAGCAAUACAGUUUAUAAGAUUGAUUAUAGGGAUAGCGAAAGUUUUUUUAUUAAACCAAGUAAUGAUAGGAUUACAGUUAUAUUUGAAACCGUUUUCCAAGAUGAAACUGAUCAAAUCUUUGGUAAAGUAUUUAUGCAAGAAUUUGUUGAUUCAAGAAAAAGGAACAGAAACAUUCAAUCAUCACCCCAAGUCUUAUUUUCUAAUGAAGCACCAUUAGAAAUCCAAUCAGUUUACCAGCCAAAGCAAGCCAAUGUUGGUAAUAGUACAAAGUUUAUUACUUUUGUUUUAUUUCCACGUCAUUUGUCUACGCCGGAAAUUCAAAUGAAAAGUAUUUCCUCUUUGUGUUUGUUUAGAAAUUAUUUCCAUUAUCAUAUUAAAUGUUCCAAGGCUUAUAUGCAUAGUAGAAUGAGAUUUAGAGUGGGUUCUUUUGUUAAAGUGUUAAACAGAGCCAAAGUGGAAAAAGAAGAAGAUGAUCAAGCAGGUAGUGGUGGCAGUGUCAAUACAAGUAAGGAUGAAAAUAGGAGAGGUGUUUCUGGUAGAAGAAUGGUUGUUUAUUAA